AUGAGUGAUGGCCGGCAUUCAACUUCAUCACUUCAGUCUUCAGCAGGUGUUACCUCGGCUGAAGAGUUGUCUGAAAAAUACCAAAAAUUAUUCGCCGAAUUUUCUAAGAUGAAAGCACAGCAUUCUGUAUUAAAGAAGGCUGUUAUUAAGGAACAAAAAACCAUUAGUUCAUUAGAAGAUGAAUGCAAAACCAAAGAACAAGAAUUGCGUACUUCACAACAACAGCUCGAUCUUUUAACUUUUCACAAUCAACGUUUAACCAAACGUAUCGAAAGCUUACAGGAUUCGACUGCUGCGAGGUUAUCACCUGGUUGGUUGGUGGGUUCAGCUAAGAAAGAACUUGAAAAGUCAAAAGCGACUUUAGAAGCUACCAGCAUAGAGCUGAAUAGAAAAAUUGAAGAAAAUGAAAAGUUACAUAAUGAGCUGCUUGAAGUUAACAAUUUAUAUACACAACACGUGGCUUCUCUCCAAUCUAAAAUAUCAGAAUUGGAGAAAAAAACUGAGGAGCUUCAGAUCGAAUUAACAAGAUCUCAUCUUGCUAGCGAAGAGGCUUUGAGUAUAAUACGUCAAGAGAAGCGUGAUCUUGAUAAUGAACUUGACCAAACAAGAUCGGAGUUACGGGA